AUGCAGCAACCAGGGCCGAUGUUUCCGGUUAUGCCCUCGUUCCCUCCGACCAACAUCACCACUGAGCAGAUUCAGAAGUACCUUGAUGAGAACAAGAAACUGAUAUUGGCAAUUUUGGACAACCAGAAUCUUGGAAAACUUGCCGAAUGUGCACAAUAUCAAGCUCAGCUUCAGAAGAAUCUGAUGUAUUUGGCAGCAAUAGCCGAUGCUCAGCCUCAAACACCUGCCAUGCCUACUCAGAUGACUCCACCUCAUCCUGCCAUGCAACAACCGGGAGGUUUCUACAUGCCACAUCACCCUCAGGCGGCGGGCCCAAUGCAGCAUCCAGCUGGUGGGCUAUUUCCUGCGAGGGGCCCACCAUUCACCAGCCCACUCAGCCUUUGUAGACUAGUACACUGCUACUUGGUACUUACUACUACUGUUGUUACUGUGUCUUCUUUUUUACUAUGGAGCUCACAUUUAUCUUCUUUCGUCUGUGUUAUUGUAUUCAAUCUUGCCUUUUGGGCCUCCGAAAAGUUCGAAUUCAAAUACAUGAAAGUACAACGCGAAAUCUCCAGAAAAUGGGCAAAACGUAUACGUUUCCCAAAAGAAAUGAGUUCAGGUAACUAG